GAAUAAGCAACGACUCUGAAUACCGGCCUAUGCAACUGUUAUAUUCAGUGUGAAAUUUGUUUUCUUUGUAGCAAAUCUUGAAGACAAGGUGGUAAACGGUUUACCAGAUGAUUUUGAUACCGGAAUUUAUUACGGAUGGGCUUCUUUAAACGGAGAAACUUAUAAAAUGGUUGCGAGUAUCGGUUGGAAUCCAUUUUACAAGAAUGAAAAGAAGACUGUGGAGAUUCAUGUACUGCAUACAUUUGAAAACGACUUUUAUGGAAAAGAAAUUCAAGCAAUUUUCACGGGUUUUGUAAGACCGGAGAAAGAUUUCACGUCCGAAGCGGAACUGAUCAAAGCAAUAAAAAGCGACAUUG